AUGUCUUCGAAUAUAGCAGGUAAAAAGCAUGGCUCAGAUCCCGACCGUCCCUCGCUCCUCAACUUCCAAGGCCUCAACUUCAGUGAUGCGUCCCCACUACUAUUAGUUGCCGCCGUCGCCGCCGCCCAACAGCAACAUCAGCGACAAAUGCAACUAAAACAAGAGCAACAGAAGCUGUUGGAAGAGAAGGACAGACAGAGUUCACCAUCAUCAGUGAUCCGAAACAGUUCUCCAUCGUCGUUGAUCCGAACUUCUUCACCAUCGUCGCUUCAGUCCCUGAUCUGGCAGAGAAGUCCGCCGCUAAAGGACAAGAAUAUACUGGUCAAUCCACCCCCUCAUUUGCACAAGGCGCGGAAGCUCAAGUUGUAUUCGGUGGACGAGAAGAUUGACAUUAUCGACUACGCUAAAGUGAUCGGGAAUAGAGCCGCAGGGCGAGAGUUCAACGUGGCCGAGAGUUCGAUCAGAGAGUGGAGGAAGAACGAAGAGAGAUUACGGUACGUAUUGCGCAACAUACAUCAGUUUAUCUUUUUUUUUGAAUUCUUGUUUCUGUUUUUACUGUCUUUUGUAAUUUUACUAUUGUUUUGGCAGUGGUUUGUGCUAAAACAAAAAACCUUGAUCUUGACUAUGUAUAAUAUCCAGAUAUAUAAAUCUAUUUUUCAUGACCAUACCUCUAAGAUACUGGCAUCAUAAACAUUUUUGUUCAUUUUAAUCUAUAUCCAAAUUUUUCGACCCAAUUUCUUCACUCUUCCGUUAUGAGUAAAGUCAAUUAUAUUGUUUUAGAGGACAAUCGGAGCGAUCGGCCAACGGAACCCAGAGAAUCGAGUUGAUUUACCCACAGUUGAUCAGCGCUUUGGACGCGAAAUUAGUAAGUUUUUUUGAAUUAAAUUGGGUAUAAAUCAAAAGUUUUUCUUAUCUCUUGUUUUUGCAAAAACUUUCAUAAAAAGGUGGAGUUAAUGGCUGUUUUUGUACCUAAAUUGCUGUUCUUUAAUUGAUUUUUCUGGUACAUUGUAGUUAUUUUAGAGUCACAGCUAAUUUAAAAGUUGUGAUGUCAAGUUUUUCGUCGUUUCAACGUAUUUAAUGUUAGUUUGAAAUCUCUGUCCUAGUAUAAAAUCGAGUUCCGAGUAGGUAUAGGCGAUCUCGUACAGCUUUGCCCAACUUGAUGGACGAUCCACGCGUUUAUUUCUUUGUUUUUAUGCGACACACCUGUGUUUUUUAAGAAAAGAGAAAGAGGGCAUGGAUCGUCUAUUAAAAACAUUUUCGAAAUAGAGAAGGACUCCUUCUGGGAGGUCUUGUCCCAUCCUUAUGGUCUUGUCAUUGUCUUAUAAGCCCUGUCCCUUUCAUGAAGUACCGGCCCAAUUCAUAGGUUACCAGUGCUCUACAAAGCCUCAUCCCUCUAUUAAAAGUCUUUACCCCUUCCCAAACGUCCGUCCCCCCUCUCAAAGGCCUUGCCCCCCUGUUUCGCCACGGUGCCCCUUAAAAUGCUAGCCAUUUCUUGAUCCGAGGCCCAUUAAAAGGCGGGCGAUCGAGAGUGGUGGGUGCCUGGCUGUGGCUGUCCUAAAAUGAUAGAGUGUAAUGUUUUAAUGCUUUGCGCGCUGCGUAAAUGGACAAUCCCAAAACUUUAAACUAAUCGUGGCCAGGCGCCUGUCCCUGCGCGAUACCAUCAAUCGUAAAUCAGAUAGGGCCCAACGUUACCUUCUAAUUAAUAUUGUGACAGGAGGAGAAAAUGACACAUUCUGAGAAAAGCGCAACAUAAAGAAGUGGCAAAACUACUACAAUAUAAAAUGUUUAACAAAGUUGUAUAAUGUCAUGUUAUCAUCCCUGAAACAUCACAAUAAAACUUUAACUGACCUUGUUUUAGGUAACUUUCAUCGACCAAACCCCCGACAUUGACUGGUACUCGAUAAGAGACAAAGCUCGCGAACUCUGGCCCCAUAUCGUGAUCGAAUCCAAGGUCGACGACGUGGAGAAGGAUAUCAACAUCACGAUGGGCUGGGUGACCAGGUUCAUGGAUCGAAACAAAGACAAAGUGCCAAGAAUCGCACCACCCGUCAUUGCCACAGCCAAUGCUUCGAAUGGGCACAACAACUCCAUCUCCAUGGUCCGAAAACCUUCACCGUUCACGGUGGAGACGGCUUCACACAUCUCCAACGACAAGCCGGCUACGAGUUCCGUCCCUUCGGGGAGGACUACUCCAUCAUCCUCCAGCAGUCCCAGUCCAGCACUAAUUAACUCGGUCUCGAGAAGAAAGUGUGCCCAACCUCGACGUGCUACUGAUGCUACACUCGUACUGACUCCAGAGAAAGAGAAGCCAGAAGAACCGUUGGCCAAGCGGCCGAAGCAGGACGAAAACGAGAAUCAAACGGACUCGAUCCCGGUCUUCUGA